AUUCCUUUACUGUCAGUCAGUGUGCGGUGACAGAUAACCAUCGGAGAGCCAACAAUCCAGCUCCAGGUGUACAACUAUGGAAGAGAUCAAUAACAUUGAAGUCACUCCGUGCACAGAGUCCGACUAUCUGAAACCGUUGCGGGUGCACUAUAACCAGAAUGGCACAAAGAAAUCCUGGGACUUCAUGCGAACCCACGAUAGUGUGUCAGUGCUGCUCUUCAACACCAGCUCACACUGUUUUGUCCUCGUCAAGCAGUUCCGCCCAGCUGUAUACAUGUGCGAGUGGGAAAGAAACAAGACGCAGCCGCCUCUGUCGGCUGAAAAAAGUGAGGAGGGCGCCUCCGAAGCCACCGCCCCUGCCCCCGAAUCUCAGGAGGGCCAGUCGGCCUCAGAGGGGGAGAGCUCUUCUCAGUGGCCCCCGGCCUCAGCUGGGGUCACCUACGAGCUCUGCGCUGGGCUGGUGGACAAACCCAACCUAUCUCUGGAGGAGAUCGCCCGGCAGGAGGUGCUGGAGGAGUGUGGCUACGAUGUGCCUGCCUCUAAACUGAAGAGGAUUACUUCUUACAGGUCAGGCGUAGGUGUAACAGGUGCCAAGCAGACUAUGUUUUACGCCGAGGUGUCGGAUGACAACUGCGUGAGUGCAGGUGGAGGUGAGCCACGGGAGGGAGAGCUUAUCGAGGUGGUCAAAGUCCCGCUGCACGAGGCCAUGACGUUCGCCUACGACGAGCGUAUACCCAAAACCAUGGGCUUAAUAUUUAGUUUCAUCUGGUUCCAUAAUAACAUGUCUCCCAAGUACAAGAUCUCCACCAAUGUGUAACUAGUAUUAACCAACCAUCUUUAUACCGUUUAUUCCAAAUUCAAUCAAACACUGGCCAAGCACAUCCACUCUUCCCCUCAUGGCUCUUCAUCCUGUAUUGCCUUUUUGCUUAUUGGUACAUGAUGAAAGGUGGGCCCCCUUGUCUUGUUGCCAACAGGUAUCUUUAAGUUUUGUCCUGUUAACCUUUUUAAGUUUCAUGUGGUCUUAAUAUUUCCCCUAAAAACAAAUUUGCCAUAGCUGGUUGUCACUGGCACAUUUUUCUCUUCUUGAUGAUUUUUGUAGUCUGUUAAUCAUUUCAUUUACUGUGCCAUCUGUUAUAAAUGGCUGCAUAUCACUGAUUUCAUUUGCCUGCCCCUGAUUAAAGGAGCACUCCACUGCUUCUAGUGUAGGUUCUUGAAUGUUAUCUGCAUUUAUAAAAGCAAAAAAAGCAUUUAAAUACAUCUGAUAUUGGCUGAGAAAAGCCAUUUACCAUUCUGCUCACAGUCAAAUAAACAAACUUGUCAACAAUGUUUCAAGCAUUCCUACAACUCCCAGCAUUCAAAGCAAACCUGAUGAUGCUAACCAGCUAUGUGCUCCUGGUAAGCCUCGGAUUGCUAACAUUUCACCAUGCUAAUAUUUUUAUUGGAGUUAAUGCAAACAGUUCCACUUGCCUGACCAAGACUGCAGGAGGAACUUUGUAUAUUAAUAUGAAAAUACACAUCAUUUGAACAAUAGAUACUUUUUGUACUGGUCAUUACAUGAACCAUUAAAGGUACAGAUAAGGUAACAAAGCUAAACCAAACAGUGGAGUAUUCCUUUAAUUCAUGAUCCAGUAAUGCAAAAACUAUGCUAGUCAAUGGUGGGGCCUUGUAACGUUUGAGGUGUUAGGUGUGUUUUAAACCACCACUUGUUCAAGCAUGCCUCAAUAGUUUUCUCUGAUCCACAGCCUUUAAGCAAUACUUAUGAUAAUACCCUGGGCUAAACAAUCACUCAGUGUCACUAAAAUCAACUCUGUUGGAAAAUCUUCAUUAAGUCAAACCAGUGGACAUAUUGGCAGACUUUUUUUCUCCUACAAGCCAAGUGGAAAAUGUGAUUUAGGUAUUGUUUCACGUCACAGAAUAAACAUACACCUACCUGCCCCCUGCACCGAGGGCCUCACCUCAGUUUAAAGUGUCAUUGUUCUCAAGCACAAUCCUGCAAAGGGUUACCGAUAUUUGGACUGUAACAUGUCAGUGAAUAGUUUGCAUUUAGUUUUUGAUUUAUGAAGGAGGUCAUUUUGCUCUCCAGUGCAUCAUUUUUUUUUAUCAUUUUCAUUACAAUCAAAGUCAUUUUUAGAGAGUUCAUUUUAUACACGGCAUGUCAAGGUUACAUUUUGAACACAUUAGUACAGGUGUAGGAGCUUAUUUAAAAGGACUUAAACCCACUAAUAAGAUUGAUCAUUAUUCACAUCAGAGGUUCUGCGUUGUAAAUCUCGGAUGGUCAUUAACACACAAACCUUAUCUCACGAAGUGAAUCUCAACAGCAGUUUGCCAAAAUCUCAGGUCCAAAUAAUCAAACUUUUGGUCAUAUUCAGGGUGGAUCUCUGGAUGUGAUGAUGACCAGCAUGUUAGCAAGUAUAUUUCAAACUCACUUUCAGCUCAAAAGCAACAAAGUUCUUACUAUCUUUACUACAUGUUAGUAUUUUUCUUCAUUCUAAAAGGGCUGGUACUUCAUUUAUCAAUCAAUAUGUGAAAAGUAAGCGAUUCCCCCCCCCUUGUAGUUUUCUUAAAAAUAUGCAAGUUCUGAAUCAAAGACGACACCAUUUUUGGAAAAUUACCGCUCACUUAAAACAGAUAACGCAUCUAAUUAUUAAUGCAUUAUUACUGUCAGACAUAAGAGAGCAAAUCUUUUUGGUGCACCUUCAGAGUUUGGAAUUGGAAAAUAUUUGUGACGAAAUAUAGUGAAGGAAUUUUCCAUUUAUUAAAAAAAAACAAAAAACCUGCCUGAAUUACUUGGUUUGUUUUCUACGAAAUACAAAUUAAAAGUGCUGUAUGUUAUUUAUUUGUUCAGUUGUUAAUAACACCUUGAAUAUAUUGGAGGUGAAAUCACAAGGUAAAUCAUAAACCUGGAAUUUCAUACAAAAACUACCAUAAUACAACUUACUGUUGAUG